CGGCGUCGUGUCGCGUACCUGUCGUGACGUCAUCGCGUCGCUGGCGUCGUGUGGUCACGUGUUCGAGUAGUAUCAAUGUCAUAGUGAACUGUCCAUCUGUUUGAAGUAAAAACAGUUCCAAUGAUGACAGCGAGUGAAUUAUCCCGUUGGUGGUAAAAAGACUCAAAAAUGACGUCAUCAAAGACUAAAGUUCGGAUACAAGCCGGAUGAUGACGUCAGUUUCCGGAAGUGAUCACGAUAAUCGGAUGUGGAUCAUACAUACCGGAUGUGGUUACCUUUACCGUAUGUGGAUGAUUCUGGUGCUUAUUCUCCUACUGGAUUCGGUAAAAGGAGAUGAAGGAGCGCCCCCAUGGAUUACAGAACACCCUGUAGACACUGUGGUACCUCGCCAUGAGCCCGCUACCCUCAACUGCAAAGCGGAGGGGAGGCCAUCCCCUACAAUUACAUGGUAUAGGGAUGGGGAACCACUCACGCCGGCAGUUCAUAGGGUACUCCUCCCCGCCGGAUCCCUGUUCUUCCUCCGAGUGGUCCACGGUCGCAAGGAGACGGACGCCGGUGUCUACUGGUGUGAGGCCAGGAACUCCGCAGGGUCAGCUAGGAGCAGAAACGCUACUUUGGAUGUCGCAGUUCUGAGGGAGGAGUUCCGUAUCCAGCCCAACAGCCAGAGGGUGGCCCAAGGAGAGACCGUGGUACUGGAGUGUUCUCCCCCCAGAGGACACCCGGAGCCGACGGUCCUCUGGAGGAAGGACGGCCAAGUGCUGGACCUGGACAACAACCAUCGACUACAGAUUGUGGAUGGAGGCAACCUAGCUAUCCAGGAGGCACGACCAGGGGACGAAGGCAGGUACCAGUGUGUGGCCAAGAACACCGUUGGCUCCAGGGAGUCCCAGGUGGCCCAGCUGAAGGUCCAUGUUAAGCCCCACCUCCUGAGAGGCCCCAAGGACACGGUGGCUCUGGCAGGAGCCAGUGUAGUGUUCGCUUGCGAGGCUGCUGGAGACCCACCACCGGACGUGCUAUGGAGGCGAACCGCUGGAGGUGGAAGCAUGCCUCUAGGCAGGGUCCACGUUUUGGAAGAUCGUAGUCUCAGGCUAGAUUCUGUGGUACCAGAGGACGAGGGCGAGUACAGUUGUGAAGUCGACAACGCUGUUGGAAGUCUAACAGCCUCAGCAACACUGACUGUGCAUUCACCACCGGUGAUCAUUUCGCGACCCGAGGAGUUGACCGUGGCCACAGGAGAAACGGCGCAGUUCCAGUGUGAGGCGCAGGGGAAACCUUCUCCUUCGGUGUUCUGGACCGUCCAGGGGUCCAGGGUGUUGCUGUUCCCGGGGGAGACUGCUGGAAGGUUCACCGCGUCCCUGGGAACCGACGGGAUCAACGUACUCUCAGUGCAGGAGGUGACCAGAAACGACACUGGCCUCGGGGUGGUCUGUAACGCCAUCAACUCCGCCGGAUCUGACAGCUGGGCUGCCAGACUGACGGUGACACAAGGGUUUCAUCCUCCUCCGGUCAUCGUCCUCGGCCCGGCCAACCAGACACUACCUUUGGAGACGGAGGCCAGCUUCCAGUGCGAGGUCCGUGGAGAGCCAUCGCCACAAGUGACGUGGUACAAGGACCAUUCCCCAGUGCUCACGAUGCAUCCCAGGAUCUCUGUGUUGGACAAUGGCACUCUUUACAUUGAAGAUCUGCAGCGGACAGACGAGGGCCUCUAUACUUGUGUGGCCGCAUCUCAACACGGCAAGGCUACUUGGACCGCCAAGUUGCGGUUAGAGUCCCUCAGGAACUCUGACAUCGCGUUCUUCAGGAGUCCCACCCUGGCCGCCCUCCCAGGCCCGCCCAGCCGCCCUCUGGUGGUCGCCGCCCACCGCAGCUCCGUCACCCUCUCCUGGAGCCGCCACUCGCAGAUAGGCUCGUCAUCCCUUCUAGGCUAUCAGGUGGAACUGUCAGGACGCCCUGUUGGAGGUGAGCCUGGAGGACACACAGUGGGAUGGGUGACCGUGGCUCACAGGGUCCCUGGUCCUACUCACGCACUUCACCACCUUCUGCCAAACAUGACCUACGUCUUCCUUGUCAGGGCUGAGAACGCCCACGGUUUCUCUCCCGCCAGUCCGCUCUCAUCCCCCGUUACUCUGCCUGAGCAAUCAGCUGAUUUACCAGAGGAAGUGAGGGAAGCAAUGGCCACCCUUUCUACAGGCAACAUCUUGGAGCUCUCCUCUAUAUUUCCAAUCAGUUCUACAUCCAUCAAGCUAGGCUGGGAGAUACUGAUCUCUGACUUUGUGGAGGGAGUGUACAUCUACUCCCGAGGUCUCGACGUUAGAUCCAAGACGACCAACGCUCUAACGGUCCUCCACGCCGGAGACACGUCAGGCUUCAUAGUGACAGGUCUGAUGCCUUACACCCGCUACCAGUUCUUCCUCGUACCCUUCUACAAGCACAUCGACGGUCGACCAUCUAACUCACGGACUGUCAGGACUCUGGAGGAUGUACCCACGGCAUCACCAACACAGAUGGAAGCACAGCUGCUGAACGGAUCAGCUGUGCUGGUCACUUGGAAACCUCCGCCUCAACAUACACAUCGUGGGGUUAUACGCUACUAUCAGGUGGUAGUGCGCGGAGGCCCAGCGCUCAACGGCACAUUGCUGACGAAUGUGACAGUGAAUGCUGCAUCUCCAUCACUGCUGCUGACGAACCUCACUGCCGGGCUGAUGUACUUGGUACAAGCUGCUGCAGUUACCAGGGUAGGAUCAGGUCCGUACAGCAGCCCUGCCACUUUGAGGCUGGACCCUUAUAGCAGACUUCUCAACAACUACAGGUACCCCACAUUGGAACAACCCGAGUUCACCACGACGACUCCUAAGUUCGUGACGGAGACGUGGUUCGUGGUUGUUCUCAUGUCACUGGUCGCCAUCAUGUGUUUGCUGUUUGCUGCUCUUCUCUUUGUGCGCAGACGCCAGUUGGAUGCAAAGAUGACCGCUCUUCCAGAGCACACAGUGACAGUUCUGCAGGAGCCGAAACCGCUGUUGUCAGAGCCUCUGUCAGACUUCAAGGUCGCUGUAGUCAAGGUCACGACCCCGGACUACGCGGAGGUCACCCAUCAGCAACCCCCGCCUCAAUACCGCGAGAGGGAGAGGUCGUGUUCACCUGAACCCUACGCCAGUACAACCCUCGUCUCGCCUGUGGAACCGUCCAACCGAAUGAUGAGUUGGUCAGGCCAAGGGUCCAGUAGAGAGUUGUACAGAGGGUCUGAUAUGUACGGUCCAGGGCGGCUGUACGAUCCUCAUCAUUACCCUGGAAGCUUCAACGGAGAGACCAGAACUCAUCAGGCGUACAACUACCAGACAGGGAGUUGCUCCAACAGUCCUCUACUCGGCCGAGACUCUCAUGCCAGAGAUCAAAGAACAGAAACCUUACGCAGACCUUCCAGACACCGCCACAAUCCUGUCCAUAGGUUUUACAAUGAUCGCCUAGGGGAGUACGUAGCCGUUCCCCAAUCUCCGGCACAUCCUCCUCCAGACGUAAUUUCCCCCACUUCUCUGCGGUGGAGGCUACAAGGUGUCGGGGUGGGAGGCUACACCAACCCAUCCAACACCCUCACCACCUUUACUCGAGGCUACAACCCAGUUUACCACAACUCUGCUAGAAGCGAACCCUCCAACAAGCAUUACCAGGCGAGGUUAUAGCAGCAGCGCGUGCAGGACUGGUGUGACUGGAGACCUUGAUAAACCUUGAGGACAAGGAGAACGGAGUAAAACUUGAAGAAUUAAGGUUGUCGAAAUUGAAGAUUUUUGCCAACUUGACUGAGUGUUGUCAAACUUGGAAACUUGAAUUGUAUCGUCAACCUUGAAGAUUGUUCUCAACCUUUAAGAUCUUUAAGGUCGAAGAAAGUUGGUGAUUUGAAGACUUAAGUAUUUUCAAUCUUGAAGAUUGUUCACAACCUGUGAGGGCGAAGAGUGUUGUUAAACUUAAAGACGUAAAAUUAGUUUUGUCAACUUGAAGAUUAUUCACAACCUUUGAGGGCAAAUAGUGUUAUCAAACUUGAAGACUUAGGAAAGAGUGCUCUUAACCUUGAAGACCUAAAGAAUAUUUUCAUCCUUGACAAGUUAAAGAGUAUGGUUAACAUUAAGGAUUGAGUGUUUUGACAACCUCAAACAUAAUCUUCAAUCUAGAAUAUUUCUCUCGACCUUAAAGAAUAUUUUAAACCGUGAAGAUAUAUUCCCUUGAAGAUAUAUUCCUUGAAGAAUAUUCCCAACCUUCAGUAAGUGAAGAGUGUUCGUAGGUUGUUAUAAAGAAGUUUGAUAAGAAACUCGAGUGAAGAUCCUGGGUUUUGCACGUUUACAAUGGAAAAUCUGAAAAAAGUACACACGAUGUUCGAAAUUUUAUAAAUAUUUUUUAAGUUAUCAUGUCAUAUUUUCUUAUAGGCCUACGUUAAAUUUAAUUAAAGUUAGUGUAUAAAAUAUGCUACAGCUUCUUUCUGAAAUGGAACAGAAACUGUGGUUAACAGAAAAUACUUGGUUUAAAUCAUUAAUUUUCAGGUCUCUCUUGGUAAUGUUAAGGAAACAUUUUUAGGGCAAAAUAAACAUUAAUUAAUGUAUCUAAAAGUAUUAACACUUUAAAUUGUACCCCAAUAACAUAAGGUCCGUACCAAGCCAACAAUUGGGGCUUGGCGAACAUUUUGUUUUUAGGUUUCAAAUAUUUCUCUUAAGUAUACAUCAGUAGCAUUUCUAAAUCUAAGAUAAAUAACUAUUUUAAUACUGAUAUGGUGCAAUAUCAUAUUGCAAAGUGCACAUGAUAAUAAAAACCAAGAAAAACUUAUGAUUUAUCUUUCUUCGGACAUUUUGUUUGGCAAAAUUGUUCAUCCGUCCACCUAGAAAUGGUCCAAUAUUUUACAUAUCAUAUUGGCUCAAGUUUUGGGGAAACCAGUAAAAAAAUCAGCCAAAUUUUCUCAUAAGCUUUUCAUUUAUUCAAUGAGUGUUUCAACUUCUCAUUUUGUAUACAUAUCAUUUUUGUAUCUAUACUCAAUGUUAGGUGAUGUAAUUUUGUAAAAUAGACGAAACGUGUCUUUCUUCAUGCUUACGUCAUAAAAUAUUUGUCAAGUGUCUUUUCUUAGACUUAUAAAAUUUUGUGACUCUUUCGCUGCUGUUAUUUUUAUAAAAAGUUGAAUUUAUUUUUGUUUCAAACAAAUUUAGAUGUAAGAAUAUAUUGAGUAGUCUUGGACAAGCUUCGGGAUAACAUAGUUUCACCAUAGAUACGCACAAUAAUAGUUUUCAAAUAAGUUUUGAAAUCACACAAAUUAGCUUAGACCUGAGUAAAAUACAUAAUGUAUAAUAAAUGUGCCAAACGUCCUCUGUCAAUUAAUUGUCAUUUGAAUGGUUCUUUGAGUCUUUAGAAAUUCAUGAAAAUAGCACUAUUUUGUAAACAAAUUCCAGGUGUAGCCUUCGUAGGACCUCCAGCACAAUAAAGGAAACCGCGCCAGAAUGUUAAACAAAAUUGCCUGGUGGUUAGAAUUAUGUGUAAAAAACUAUGUUCAUGUAAUUAGAUAAUCAUCAAAUUUGUUGUAAAAAUCUAUCGAAACCAUUUGACUCUAGUCAUCAAACAAAAUUCGGUACUUUCCUGUCAAAGGGAACAUUCAUUAUUAUCAAUGAUUUUUUUCAAUAUAUCGAUAUUUUUUUUUCCGAUCCAUUACAAAUUGACAACUGAUCUUGUUUAGGCUAAAAUAGACUAUUAAAUGGAUUAAGAAAUGAAACUGUUCUAAG